AUGGGGAUCCCACGGGGGCUCCUCACCAACAUUUGGCUGCAGGAACAGUACCUGCUGUACCUGCAGGUGCCCAACAGUGAUCAGGAACACCACAAGUUCCUGUGGGGUCUCAGGGCCCAUGCUGAGACCACCAAGUCCAAAGCCCGUGGGUCCUCCUCGCCCAUCUUCUGCCCACACUCGGUCACUGUUCGAGCACGACUCAUCAUGCCUGGUCAUCAUAUGAGUGAGCCGUGGAAGCCUGAGGAAGACCAUGAGGACCCAAUGGAGAUCCCUGACAUGUUGGUAGAGGAACUGUUCUGGGCUAUGCAGGAGGAGGAGGUGGAGGAUGAGGAGGAGGCCCUGUCUCUCUACUCCUCUCGGGCCUCCUCCCCCUCAGUCCUGUUUAUAGACAGCCUAGAGGAGGUGUCUGCUGCUGAGACACCAAGUCCUCCCCAGAGUCUUCAGGGUGCCUCCCCCCAUGCCAUGUAGGCCUUGCCAUGGAGACAUGCUGAAGAUGAGAGCUCCAGCAGCCAAGAUGAGGAGGGUCCAAACGCUGAGGGAGGCCCUGAUGAAGAUGCCGAUUCCUUGCUCCACAAAGCACUGCAUUUGAAGAUGAUAGAAAUGGUGGAGUUUCUACUCCUUAAGUAUCGUGCAAAGGAGCCGACCACAAAGGCAGAAAUGCUGAGUAGUGUCAUCAAAGAGCACCAGGACCACUUUCCUGAGCUCUUCAGUGCAGCCACUGAAUGCAUCCAGUUGGCUUUUGGUAUUGUGGUGGAAGAAAUGGACCCCAGUACUCACACCUAUGUCCUGGCCACUGCCUUGGGGCUCAGCUAUGAUGGGAUGGUGAGCAAUGGGCACAGAUAUCCCAACACAGGCCUCCUGGUCACAGUUCUGUGGGUGAUCGCCUCAGAGGGUGAUUGUGCCCCUGAGGAAAAAGUGUGGGAAGCACUGAAUGUUGUAGGGGUGUAUGAUGGGAAGGAGCAUUGGCUCUAUGGGGAGCCCAGGGAGCUCAUCACCAAAAUUUGGGUCCAGGAACAGUACCUGCUGUACCGCCAGGUGCCCAAUAGUGAUCCUGCAUGCUAUGAGUUCCUGUGGGGUCCCCGAGCACAUGCAGAGACUACCAUGAUGAAAACCCUCCAGUUUGUGCUCAGGGUUAAUGACAGGGAUCCCUAUUCCCUUUCAUCACUGCUUGAAGGGCCUGAGUACAAUGACAACCACUAUGCCUGAGCCAGAGUUGAAUCCAGGCACUUUUCAGGCCCAUGAGCAUUAACUUCUUUUGCUGGGCAUGA